UAUGAGGUUUUUUGAAUUCGGAUCCUCAGCCGCGUUUUCCAGCGGCCCGUCCUGCGGCGCCCCAAAAUGACGUCGUUUUGGGGUGAGAUUUCCAAAAAAAAAAUAAACAAAAACAUAGAAUCAGAAAUAAAGAAGAGAGAGAAGAAGAAAGAAGUAGUGAGGAAGAGAGAAAGGACUGUUGCCGAUCGUUGCCGUUUCCUCCCGAUCAUCCUCGUUGCCGUUUCCCCCCGAUCGUCCGUUGCCAAUCGUUUGCCGUUCACCGAACUGUUGAGUCAGAUCUGUUGAUACCGAUUGAAAGAGAUCGAGAUGGGAAGUAAAGAUGAAUUAAUGGAGGCUCUCAAGAAGGAAGCUGUUGAUUUGGAGAGUAAGAUUUUGAAGUUUUGGGGGUUUAUGUGGAACCCUCUUUCGUGGGUCAUGGAAGCUGCAGCUAUUAUGGCCAUUGCCCUUGCCAACGGAGAAGUAAGCGCUGGUUCUUUGUUGCCUUUUUGUUUGGUUGCUGAGAAAAUUUUAGACAGGUUUUGUAUUUUUUUCUAGGAAAAAAAGUAGGAAAUUGGUCGGCAAAUUUUUUUGGAGAAAUUUGAGAUGGUGGCGCCAUGGGUGAAGGGAGGCUUCUUCUUCUCCUCCCUCUGUUGCUCAUGUUCUGUCUUUUUCUUUUUCUUUUUUUUUUAAAUUGAAAUCUCGCUCCAAAACGACGUCGUUUUGGGGCGUCGCAGGACGAGCUGCUGGAAAACGCGGCCGAGGAUCCGAAC